AAUUGCCUGAAAACCUUUCAGAAACCUUGUAAUUAAUGCAGUUUUUCCAUUAACUGACUUGUCUAAUCAUGCUGAUGUUUUUGAAAAGUAAUACAUGCAGACGUUGAAUGCAAUACGUCUGUGCUAGAUUAUGACAGAGGUGGCCAAUCUGUGAUCUAUAAGCCACAAACCACAAUCUAACACAGCCAUCUCCACUUCCCAGGUAUCAUGAGUGUAUUCAUCAAUUGAUAUUUUGAAAAUCAGUUCCCACAUAGUGAUUUGCUUAACUUUUUCAAAAUAAAUAAAUAAUAAAUAAAAAUAAAAUAAAAUAAAAACAUUCUUCCCUCAAAAUCAAAAUGCAGAAGAUGCCAGUCCUUUGCUCUCCAGUGAUGUUAUAUCAUUCUCAUACCUGCUGUGUUCCUUGAAAAACCUUAUCCUUAUCCUCUUUCUUCCACCCUGACCUUCCAAUAAGGGCUUCUCCUGUGCUUUGUCACCAUUUAUCUCAGCACUAUAUCUAGCAUGACUUUCAUGUGUUGAGAGAAAUGAUAUGCUUUAAUCUUUUUUGGAGAGAUGGAAAGGGGCCAAGAUGAGGAGUUAUCAACAGAACAGGGUGAAUGUUUUAAGUAAUCUUUAAGAGACCACAAUUAUACAAGCUUUUUAUCCUCCUCAUUUUUCUUAUGUUGUUGUUUGCCUUCUCCAUUAACUUUUUAAUUUUAUUUUUAUUUUAAGAUAGAACUGCACACAUUGAGAAGGACAAAGGAGGUGAACAUUGUGGUGUUGAGUCCUCCAAGCCUCAAGGAUGGCGAUGAGUAGGGCUGCAAACAGACUGUGACUACCACAGUGAAGCACCAGAUGCUGUCACGGUAUGGAAGGCAUAAAGUAGCAAGAGGCCAAAGUAGAAUUCUUGUUCCAACUGUGUGAUGGAAAAACAAAGAUCUUCGAAAAGGAGGAACAAAUGAAGUAAUUUAGAAAAAGAGCAAGAUUUAUCCUACGGGUGGAAGAGAACUCAUAACUAUACAUCAACUGCAUGCACAAGUCCAGCUGAAGGAUCCACAGCGAAAGGGAGUCAACGGGACUUAUAAAUAAAUAAAUAAAUAAAUAAAUAAAUAAAUAAAUAAAUAAAUAAAUAGGCAAAGGGCCAAAUGGGAGUAAAAGGGACCUUCAGGAAAAGGAAAGCAGCACUGAAAGGCCUGGUCCCAAGAAAGGGGAGGCUCUAAAGGACACACUGCACUGCAGAGAAGGCGUCUCUCUCUUCUCAGUUCAGCCUUGCAAAAGAGUCUGGGUGGGAACCAUCAACCAUGGAUCUUUGGUAUUGUUCAAAUUGUUCCUUGAGCAAUGCCACCCUGGAAAACCCCACUUCACAAGCCAACCAAACUUCAGUCAUAAAACGGAACGAGGACAUUGCCAAGGUAGAGAUUGCGGUGCUCUGCCUCAUCUUUUUCCUCGCCUUGACAGGAAACUUAUGUGUACUGCUGGCUAUCUACACAACCCGCCACAAACAUUCCCGCAUGUACUUCUUUAUGAAGCAUCUGAGCAUUGCUGACCUAGUUGUGGCCAUCUUUCAGGUCUUGCCUCAGCUCAUCUGGGACAUCACCUUCAGGUUCAAAGGGCCAGAUUAUCUCUGUAGGCUGAUCAAAUACCUGCAAGUGGUGGGGAUGUUUGCUUCCACCUACAUGCUGCUGUUGAUGUCGCUGGAUCGGUGUCUGGCCAUCUGUCAGCCCUUGAGGUCUUUACAUCAGAGGUCUGACCGGUUGUCUGUGCUCCUCACAUGGGUUGUGUGCCUCCUCUUCAGCAUCCCGCAGCUCCAGAUAUUUUCUAUGAAGAAUGUGUCCCAUGGAGGGAUGGAUUGCUGGGCGACAUUUAUUCAGCCUUGGGGUCCUAAAGCCUAUGUCACCUGGAUGACCUUGACUGUGUACAUCAUCCCAGUGAUUGUGCUAAGUGUCUGCUAUGGCUUGAUCAGCUUCAAAAUUUGGCAAAAUGUGAAGCUAAAAACUGUCCAUGAAACAAGUGUGAACCUAACCUCUAGUAAUUCUCACGGAGGCACCCUCUCCAGAGUGAGCAGCAUCAAACUCAUUUCCAAAGCCAAGAUACGGACAGUCAAAAUGACCUUUAUUAUUGUCUUAGCCUUCAUUAUGUGCUGGACUCCUUAUUUUAUUGUGCAGAUGUGGCUUGCAUGGGAUGAAAAUGCUCCGAAAGAAGAUUGGACAUUCAUAAUCACCACACUCCUAGCAAGUCUGAACAGCUGUUGCAAUCCCUGGAUCUACAUGCUUUUCACAGGUCAUCUUUUCCACGAUCUUUUGCACCGAUUCCUUUGUUGUUCUUCACGGUACUUAAAAGCUCGGCAAGGAUGUGACCUGAGCGUCAGCAAAAAAAGCAAUUCAUCCACUUUUGUUCUGAGUCUCAAAAGCUCCAGUCAAAGGAGUUUUACCCAGCCAUCCACAGCAUGAUCUAGAAAGAUUCAGCUGUCUACAGACUAUACUAAAAUGUUUGGUUAGAAAUGGCUUUGGUGUCUACUUAAGAAAAUGGGGCAAAGUAAUAUGGGUGCAUGUUAAGUCUGGGCAUAAAUAUACUGUAUGUGUAAAAAUGAGUGUAUGUGUAUGUGUAGGGUAUUUGUUAAUUGAUAUGUAAGGUAAUAGAAAGCUGGCUAUAGUAUGAUUCAGGAUAAAUAAUUUGGACCCUUCAAGAACUUUGAAGUUCUACUCCUGUCAGGCAGACAAAUUAGUAAUAUUUGAAUAACAAUAUAUUUUCUAUAUUUGAGCCAAGUAAUAGUUCCCAUGCAAAACAUACAAGGUUUGACUACAAUGCUGAUGGAUUCCACAGAUUAAUGAAACCUACAAACUGAGCAACAGAUUACACUUACAAAUACAGUAACAGGAAUAAGAAGAAAAUAUUGUCUCCUAUUGUAAAGGCAGUAGAGUAUAAGUCAAAUGAAUAUGGUGGAGUCUUCUAAGCCAGAAAAACAUUAUUACUUCUUGGACUGACCAUUCAAUCCACAACAAGCAAUUCAAUUCUUUAAACACCCAAUCAUUACCUGAACUUGCAGUUAUGUAAUGACUAGUCAUGGAGAAAAAUUAGGGGAGCCCAGAAUGAUACCAGGAACUACAUUUGAGGAGGAAGCAAUAAUUCCUGAAACUGAAGUUGAUUUUUACAGAUAUUCCAUUUUUUUUCUAGUGGCAUCAUUCAUUUUUUCACCAACAUUCGACUGUGAAAUGUCCACCCUUCAAGACUGUCAGCAUAACUUUGUGUAUCACUCAUUAACUGUUGACAAAUCUAACACAGCAAACUUUAUAGAGAAUGCAGACAGUGCUUUGUAGAAGAACACCAGCUAAUCCAUCAUUACCAGGUUCCUCUUGCAAAAUCUAACCAGAAGGGGAAUGUUGGAAGGCAGUUUUAAGGCACACUUUUGACUAGAUAACAAUGACACCCAUCACUGCCCUUGUCAGUAGCUGAUACAUUGUACAUCAUGACCCCAAAUCUCUUCCACUUGCAGAAAACAGAGGGUUGUUUUUUUUUAAUGUGAUAAUAUUCCUGCAAGAGACCAGUGACCAGUACUUUCUGAUAUUAAACACAUUGAAUGUCAGUCAUUGACUAUUGCAGCAGAAAGUAUCAAAUGUUUAGCCUGGGUCAGGGGUAGGCAAAUAUGGCUCUUUAAUGACUCAUGGACUUCAAC